GAAACCGGGGUUUAAUCUAGGCGAGCCGUUCUGUGACUUAAUAGAGAGAGAGAAAAAACUGGGAGAAUGCUGUACCAAGUGCGAUGAGAACAUAUUUGUCUUGCGCGCACAAUUUCACCUGUGACUGCCGCGAACAGCAGAUUUGAUGAGCAAUUUUGAAGCGUCUUUGGAAUCUUAAAAAAAGUGGAUCUCGUUUAUUUGACAAUCAUGAGAAAUACUUGGUUGUCGCCGCGGAGUGCGCUUUUGGAAUACUGUACAUCGCUUGUUUUGUCUCUCUUUUGGAUUCGGUAUUCUUGCGGGAUGCCCCAUGUCAUUCGAAUAGGAGGGAUCUUCGAGCAGACGGAGGGCCCCGUCCCCAUCGUCAGUGCGGAGGAGCAGGCCUUCAAAUUCGCCGUCAACAACAUCAACAGGAACAGAACGCUGCUGCCCAACACCACGCUCACGUACGACAUCCAGCGGAUAAACAUCUACGACAGCUUCGAGGCGUCCCGGAAAGCGUGUGACCAGCUGUCUCUGGGGGUGGUGGCCAUCUUUGGCCCCUCCCACAGCUCCUCGUCGAACGCCGUGCAGUCCAUCUGCAACGCCCUGGAGGUGCCGCACAUCCAGGUGCGGUGGAAACACCACCCGAUGGACAACCGCGACACCUUCUACGGCAACUUGUAUCCUGACUACUCCUCCCUCAGCUAUGCUAUCCUGGACCUGGUCCAGUUCCUAAAAUGGAAGACUGCCACAGUGGUAUAUGAUGACAGCACGGGUCUUAUAAGACUACAGGAACUCAUAAUGGCCCCCUCCAGGUACAACAUCAGGUUAAAAAUCCGGCAGCUUCCCCUGGACAGCGAGGACACGCGACCGCUCCUCAAAGAGAUGAAGAGGGGGAGAGAGUUCCGCAUCAUCUUCGACUGCAGCCACACCAUGGCUGCGCAGAUCUUAAAGCAGGCUCUGGCCAUGGGUAUGAUGACGGAGUACUACCACUACAUCUUCACGACUCUGGACCUGUUCGCCCUGGACCUGGAGCCGUACCGCUACUGCGGGGUGAACAUGACGGGCUUCCGCAUCCUGAACGUGGACAACCCGCAGGUGGCCGCCAUCGUGGAGAAGUGGGCCAUGGAGAGGCUGCAGGCCACGCCCAAACCCGAGUCCGGCCUCCUGGACGGGGUCAUGACGACAGAUGCUGCUCUGACGUACGACGCGGUCCACAUCGUGUCCGUCUCCUACCAGCACGCCCCGCAGAUGACCGUCAACUCCCUGCAGUGUCACCGGCACAAGCCCUGGAGGUUCGGCGGCCGCUUCAUGAGCUUCAUCAAGGAGUCACACUGGGACGGGCUGACUGGGCGUCUGGUGUUUAACCGGACCAGUGGCCUGCGGACCGACUUCGACCUGGACAUCAUCAGCCUGAAGGAGGACGGUCUGGAGAAGGUGGGGAAAUGGAGCCCGUCACAGGGCCUCAACAUCACCGACCUGCCCAAGCGUCGAGGGGUCAACAUCACCGACUCGCUGUCCAACCGGUCCCUCAUCAUCACCACCAUCCUGGAGGAGCCCUACGUGAUGUUUAAGAAGUCGGACAAGGCCCUGUCGGGGAACGAGCGCUUCGAGGGGUUCUGCAUGGACCUGCUGAAGGAGCUGGCCAACAUCCUGGGCUUCAGCUACGAGGUCCGACUGGUUCCGGACGGGAAGUACGGCUCGCAGGACGAGAAGGGCCAGUGGAACGGGAUGGUGCGGGAGCUGAUGGAGCACAAAGCAGACCUGGCCGUGGCCCCUCUCACCAUCUCCUACCUGCGGGAGAAGGUGAUCGACUUCUCCAAGCCCUUCCUCAGCACCGGCAUCAGCAUCCUGUACCGCAAGCCCAACAGCACCAACAACGGCUUCUUCUCCUUCCUCAACCCCAUGACGCCUGACAUCUGGGUCUACAUCCUGCUGGCCUACCUGGGCGUCAGCUGUGUGCUCUUCGUCAUCGCCCGGUUCAGCCCGUAUGAGUGGUACGAUGCCCACCCCUGUAAUCCCGGCUCAGACGUGGUGGAGAACAACUUCACCCUCCUCAACAGCUUCUGGUUCGGAGUGGGGUCCCUGAUGCAGCAAGGCUCCGAGCUGAUGCCCAAGGCCUUGUCCACCCGCAUCAUCGGGGGGAUCUGGUGGUUCUUCACCCUCAUCAUCAUCUCCUCCUACACGGCCAACCUGGCGGCCUUCCUCACCGUGGAGCGCAUGGAGUCCCCCGUGGAGUCCGCCGACGACCUCGCCAAGCAGACCAGGAUCGAGUACGGAGUGGUGAAGGACGGAGCCACCAUGACCUUCUUUAAGAAGUCCAAGGUGUCCACGUUCGAGAAGAUGUGGGCCUUCAUGAGCAGCAAGCAGAACACGGCGCUGGUCAAGUCCAACGAGGAGGGCAUCCAGCGGGUCCUGCGGUCCGACUACGCCCUCCUGAUGGAGUCCACCACCAUCGACUACGUCACCCGCCGCAACUGCAACCUCACCCGGGUCGGGGGCUCCAUCGACAGCAAGGGCUACGGCAUCGGCACGCCCAUGGGCUCCCCCUACAGGGACAAGGUGACCAUCGCGAUCCUGAGCGUCCUGGAGGACGGCCGGCUGCACAUGCUGAAGGAGAAGUGGUGGGGCGGGACCGGCUGCUCGGAGGAGGAGCGGCGGGAGAGUGGGCCAAUGGGAAUCCAGAACCUGGGCGGGAUCUUCAUCGUGCUGGCCGCCGGAUUGGUCCUCUCCGUGUUCGUGGCGAUCGGCGAGUUCAUCUACAAGCUGAGGAAAACCGCGGAGCGCGAGCAGCGGUCGUUCUGCAGCGCCAUGGCGGAUGAGAUCCGCCUGUCGUUCACGUGUGAGCGGCGGGUGAAGCACCGGUCCCAGCCGGCGGUGCUGGUGAAGACGGACGCCGUGAUCAACAUGCACACCUUCAACGACCGCCGCCUGCCGGGCAAGGACAGCCUGGCCUGCGGCUCGGGCAUGGCGCCCGUCUUCCCAUGA